AUGGCAGCACAGGAAAGAUGUUUAGAGAAUAUAACAGAGAAAAAUGAAGCAAAACAAGCCAAGGAUGAAGGAAAGCAUGACCUGCAGUUCGCAGGAAGAGCUCAGCUCUUGAAGUCAGUGCUUUUCUCAAUUCAAGUCUUCUGGGCUCAGGUUUUUUUUCUCCCUAAGAAAGUGAUCAAGCUUAUAGAGGCCACAUUUAGAUCAUUUAAGUGGUCUCGGGGUGCAGAGAUUCCCAAAAAGGCACUAGUAGCUUGGGAAAGAAUAUGUCAGCCUAAAACUGCUGGUGGUCUGAAUGUGUUGGACAUUACUGAUUGGAACAGAGCUGCUAUCAGUGAACUAUUAUGGAAUAUUUGCACUAAGAAGGACAAAUCGUGGGUCAAAUGGAUCCAUUGGUACUAUGAAGGAGGUAGAAAUAUUCUCUUAGAUGUGCUAAAACAGGCUAUUCAUGUCGGGACGUUCAACUACAGAAGCUAUCCAUCUUAUGAGAAGACUCGUAGCGGAGUUAACGCUAAGCUGGAGUGUUGGAGACAUACUCUGGAGUCUAAAGGGUUUAAGCUGAGUAGGACCAAGACAGAGUACUUGGAGUGUAAGUUCAGUGAAGCACCUCAGGAGGCUGACUUGGAAGUAAGGCUUGGUACCCAGGCCAUCCAGAAGAAAAGUAGUUUCAAGUACCUUGGGUCUAUUGUGCAAGGCAGCGGGGAGAUUGACGAUGAUGUCACACAUCGUAUUGGGGCAGGGUGGAUGAAAUGGAGGCUUGCUUCCGGAGUGCUAUGUGACAAGAAAGUGCCACCAAAACUUAAGGGCAAGUUCUACAAAGUGGUGGUUAGACCGACUAUGCUAUAUGGGGCGGAGUAUUGGCAAGUUAAGAUCUCUCACGUUCAAAAGAUGAAAGUUGCCGAGAUGAGAAUGUUGAGAUGGAUGUGUGGUCACACCAGGAGUGACAGGAUUAGGAAUGAGGAUAUUCGGGAUAAGGUAGGGGUGGCCUCGAUGGAAGACAAGAUGCGAGAAGCGAGAUUGAGAUGGUUUGGGCAUGUGAAGAGGAGAGACACAGAUGCCCCAGUGCGGAGGUGUGAGAGGUUGGCCAUGGAUGGUUUCAGACGAGGUGGGAGUGGCCUCGGUGGAAGACAAGAUGCGAGAAGCGAGAUUGAGAUGGUUUGGGCAUGUGAAGAGGAGAGACACAGAUGCCCCAGUGCGGAGGUGUGAGAGGUUGGCCAUGGAUGGUUUCAGACAAGGUAGGGGUAGGCCGAAGAAGUAUUGGGGAGAGGUAAUUAGACACGACAUGGCGCAGUUACAGCUUACCGAGGACAUGACCUUAGAUAGGAGGGUUUGGAGGAC